AUGGUCAAAGCGCCCAGUCGAUUGCGGUCUUCGAACAACCACAAAAAGGCGAACGGUCUGGUGGGCUCGAACGGCUUUCGACGCCAGAUUAGCGUUCACACACUUGGCCAGGAAUGGAAGCUUAGGGCGCCGCGGUGGGUUCGAUGUUUGCUUUUCCGGUACGGGGAGUGGGGGAGGCCCGUGGUCGACGGGGGACGUGAUAGGUGGGCGGUGGUGUCGUCUCAGAGCGUUUCGCGGCGAGAAGGCCUCGGCAAAUCCGAACUCCUCGUUUUCCCCAUCCGCAACCCAAUGAGACAAUUCCGAUUUGACAUCGAGCAACGCUCCGAUACAAUCGAGAAUGGGUUAAUAACUCCAUUGGUGUGGAGGCCGUCCCAAUCAAGUGACGACGCCGGGCACUGGCUUUAUACUCAAUGUCUGAAGGGACGGGGUGGUAUCAAUGUCCAGACUCCGUCAGGCCUCGUUCCGGAUGAAUAG